AUGACGGGCCCGCGGCGCGGCCGGCGGCUGCCCAGCGCCCGCGCGCCCGCCCUCAGGCACCGCGCGCCCCACGCCCAGGAGGCCGCGCCGCCGCCGCGGCUGCUAGCGUCCACGCCGCCCGCUGCCGCAUCUCACACGCGCCUGCCGCCGCCGCCGCCGCCCCCGCCGCCCCGCAGCGGGCUCCGAGUAGCAGGCCGCCUGCCAGCAGAAAAACCAGUAUUGAUCUGCAUUCUAAAGAGAAGAAGUGCUGCUCUCCACCAAAUGAGGAUCUUUUUUCAAGAACAAGAUGAAGCAAACAAAACCCAGGUUUCCCCCCUGCAAACUGCUGUUUCUCUUGGCUACUGUAUUUACUGGAGCAAUCAAAGAGACAAACAGAUUCUAAAUAGCCUUCACAUAUUACCCAGGAUUAAAGAGGAUUUUAUCAGCCUGAAUUCGGAGAAGCUGCUCAGUGGCUCCAGGCCUCCUACUCUUCUGGAAAAGUACCGAACACAACCAAUCCUUCAAAAAUCAAUCCUCAAGAUUUUGACAGCGUCUUCACAAAACUGUGGCCAGUUCUUCUGCCCUGGCAUUGGCCCAGGGUAUCAGAGCUGGAACACCCUUCUUCCCCUGCCUUUGGACAUCAGAACUUCAGAUUCUCUGGCCUUCAGACUUCGAGACUUGCACUAGUGGCCCCCUGGGUUCUCAAGGUUUUGGCCGCCUCGGUUGAGAAUUACACCAUCAGCUUCUUUGGUUCUGAGGCCGCUGGAGUUGGACUGAGCCAUGCUAUCGGCUUCCCUGGGUCUCCAGCCUGCAGACUGCCUACUGUGAGAUUUAGCCUCCAUAAUCACUUCAUGGACUGGUGGGUGGCAGAAAAGGCAGAGGAGGUAGAAGACAAGUACAACACACUGUGAAUAGCAGAAGGAUGAACUGAGGACUGUCAAUGUGCAAAGGCGGUUGAACAUGCAAAGGAAGG